AUAAGGUAUAAAAACGGUAAACAGGUUGUCUUGAAAUCAUUACAAAGUCGAACAACUUGUAUCGUUCAAGUGAGGUGAAUAAUGAAGCUGUUUAUAUUUCUGUCGUUUUUAGCUGUUCUAGUGCUGGUUCAGGCCGUUCCAAAUGGAAAAGAGAUAGAAAUAACAUUUAGCGAUUUGGUGAAGAAAGUCUAUGAAAAAACAAAAGGUUACGACAAUGAAUAUCCAUACGUUAAUAAUAUAAAUGGACGAUUAGGUUUCGUGGUUAGUAUUACUAAUGACACUAGUGCUCUGCGUGAGAAAUUCCAAAUUCAUCCCGAUGAAUUUACAACCGCAAAAAAUGCCCAAUACCUGAAGUCGAAAGUACCGGCAGGCUUGGUAAUGUAUGAACAACCAGCUUCAAAAUUGUUGUACGACACAAUCGCUCUAAUCGAUAAGACUCGGAAGGUCGAAAUGAAAAAAUUGUAUGAGGAAAUUUCGGCAGAACUAUCAGUCCAAUCGCCGGAUAAAAAUGAUAAAGAAUUCACCAAUGGAUAUAAUAUAUUUUCGAAAAAUAGCCGUAGCAAAACACAAGCAGAACGCAUUUAUUCGAAAAUGUCCGCAAUGAUUGGUGCAAACGCAGCAAUAUCGCAUAGAUUUACGACCAAAAUUAACGAAUUUGAACAAUUAGAUAAGGAAACUAAAGAAGUACUCGAAAAUGCUAGGUCAAAGUGUGAAAGCAUGGCUCUAACAGGCGAACGUUCUUACGCAAUGGAUGCAAUCGAAUAUGUAAGUACAUUGAAUUCGAAUCAACAGAAAUUGCUUUUAUUACUUAAGCAAGUGAGAGAUAUUCUAAGGGAAUAUAAUCAAAAACGCUUGCUUUGGGCGGAGUUCCUAAUCGGAAUUACACCAGAGAUUGGCGGCAAGAGGCAACCAGUAGAGCCAUCAAAGUCAACGGCUGAAAAGCUGGGAUCGAAAUUACAUUUGGGAAAAGGAAAGGGAAAAAAAUAAAAAAGCGCAGAUUUCAAACCAUCUGGUUCUUGAAUCGUGUCAAAUUAAAAACGUCGAUAAUUUGAAAUUUAAUGAGACGAAAACUUUAUUGUUCAAUAGAAAACAGAUGUUUAAGACUUGAAUUUUUUAUUGAUGAUUAAAAGUUGUUAUUUCAAGCGAGAAAAA